AUGCCCAGAAACUACCACCGUCCAGAUGGCAACUUUUUCAGAGGGAAAGGACACAGCUAUCUUGCAGCAGAAGAAGCCCUGGGUAUUGGACUCUUCAUUUUGGUGCUGGCGAUUUUACUUAUCUUUGGCUGCUGGUAUUACAAAAGACGUAGUGGCUAUAAAAGUCUGCGGAGCAAAAGCUCUAGUGUGGGCACAAUACGAACCGUGGUAGGUGAGGGAACAAUACUGGACUGCAAAAUGGCUCAGCAGGAGUACAGAAACUUUAAUUCUGUGGUACCUGAUGCUCCACCAGCUUAUGACAAAAUUGCUGCAGAUCAGUCACCACCACCUUAUUCACCAUGA